AUGUUCGAAAGUCCUAACAGUAGCUGUACCUAUGGGCAGGUCCCUUCUACUGACCUGACCAAAACUGGACCAGGUGGAGGGGGAAAUCGAGGACUGGUUCCCCCGCCGUCUCCCUAUUCCUUGCAUGUCAAGGUGGAGGCCUUCGGCACCAGGGACGAUUGGCCCGGUUGUGCUUACCGUUACACCGCAGCCUCCCACAUGCCGUCAGUUCCAGUCGACAGUGUUUUGCCUUGUCGCCGCUUUUCACCGGGCAAGCCUUCCUCAAGCAGUAACGAGACGGCCAACAAGUCGUCGAGCCUUGUAGCGGCCGUGACCCCGGCCUAUAGGGACAGGUAUCUUUCACCAAGCGCUUUCAGCAAUAUUCCUGCUGCGUCCCCAAUUCUCCUAAGUCACUACACCACAGACAAACAUGCCAUCAACGGCCAGCUAGAAGUUUCUUCCCGCUCUACUUCUUCGUGCCGGGCGACAGGUCACGACCCCAGCUCCGACAAAAGAGUGGUAGUACCAGCAGAUCCGUUGUUAUGGAGUCCAGAGCACGUGAAGCAGUGGGUCGAAUGGGCAGUAAAAGAAUAUACCCUUCAUGAUCUUGACGUCUCGCGAUUUAACGUGGUGGGACGAGAUUUGUGCCAGCUUACUCGAGAAGAUUUCAGUCGCUUGACAAAUCCUUACAAUGGAGAAAUCCUUUACGCACACCUAAACUUUCUACGACAGACAUCUGACGCCUCUCUUCUCCCAGAAUCACGCGAUAAAAGCUCAUCAGGGGGACCAAGCACAACUCCACCUCUUUGUUCAGGUGUGACUAGCAAACCCUAUCAGCUGAAUACUGACCAUCACCCUCUUCGCCUUACAAAGACAGAACCUUCGUACAAAGGAGCUUGGCCUUCGCCUACUCCAACUCAACCACAAGGUUACCCCCACAAUGCUCUCCCUGGCAUGACGAAACCUACUCUCGAAGCUCACCCACACCUGCGGAAUAUGCAAGAUCCGUAUCAGGUUUUUGGACCGACCAGCAGCCGACUGGCGAGUUCAGGAAGUGGACAGAUUCAACUAUGGCAGUUCCUGCUGGAGCUUCUUUCAGACAGCAGCAAUGCUAAUUGCAUCACUUGGGAAGGAACGAAUGGCGAGUUUAAAUUGACAGACCCGGACGAAGUAGCACGCCGCUGGGGGGAGCGCAAGUCGAAACCCAACAUGAACUACGACAAACUCAGCAGGGCACUACGCUACUACUACGAUAAAAACAUCAUGACAAAAGUUCAUGGGAAGCGCUAUGCUUACAAGUUUGACUUCCAAGGUCUAGCUCAGGCCACACAGCCCACAGCUGCAGACUCGACUGCUUACAAGUAUCAGUCAGACCUCUUCAUGUCAGGAUACCACCACAAUCCUAAGUUGAAUUUUGCUAUGAGUGCUCACACGGGCAUACCCUCCACCACAGGAAGCAUAUUUCCAUCACCGACGCCAUAUUGGACCAGUCCGAGUGCCAAUUUGUAUUCCAACAUAGCGGCAGCCUCCACACAUACCAUGCCCCACCACCCAAGUCACGUGGCCUCCCACAUUGGCUCCUAUCCACAUUACGCAUAACAUUUGUAUAUAGAAAUGGAUACGUGUUAAUACUUUAACUGAAACGUUGUGGAAGACUUAUUUGGAAUAGAAUGGAAAUGAAAGUGUACUUCCUCGAGUGUCAUAGGCUUCACUUACCUUAAAGUGGAUAUGACAUAGGACUGGAAAUCACGUGCCUGCACGUGUUUGUUGUAACUGUGACGCCACUUGUAGAAGUUAUUAAUGUAUCAUAAGUUUAAUGUGUGCAUUCACUACAUUAUGUGGUGAUUUGGGGGAAAAUCUAAUAUUAAAAGUAUCCUCUUAAAUGUGUUAUGGCAUAUGUAUAAUAGUUGCACGUGUUUCCCAACACAUUCCUCGCUGAAGAACGGAAAGUUGAUGUCUAAAAUCUAUGAACCAAAAUGCCACGCCCUUUUGUCCCGUCAAUGUUCCUUCAACUACACUGUCAGAUAUAUCCAGCAUCGUAGACUUGUUUGAAAAUAUUUCAACUUUUGUAGGUGAUCCUGUGUGCUAAUCACUUAACCUUGAUUUGUUUGCCCAGAUGUUAUUAGAAGAAUCCUGUUCAUUCAACCACAGUUUUACUUCCUACAUAAGUUCUUUGGGUUUGUUGUUCAAGAAUCAAUGAUUACAUUUUAGCUAGGCAGACAGAUUGGUUUUAUUUUGACUAUAUUGAAGAUUUAUUUGAAAAUAUUGAUGACAUCAAUAUGGGAUUAUUCAUUUGAAGCUUAAAAUAUUUCAAUGAGCUAAGUAUAUGUUAUAAAGGAUGUUUGGUUUUCCUUUGUAAAUUUUUGUGAAAUUGGAGGCCUUUUUGUUGUCUUUAGCUUUAGAAAAUACUGAAUUUAACGCGUUAUUAAAGGUGCGGCAGAAGACAGCAAUGCAUUUCAAAUUUUGUAAUCUCCGUAUUAAACAUUCAUUAAUUGCUCUCAUACAUAUUCUUAUUUAAUGAGACUUAGACAUUGAAUAUUAAACAAAGCAGUACUUUUAAUUCACAAAGUAUUCUUAUUGUCUACACUGAACAAAUGAUCCUCCUAUAAAAUAUAUAUUAAAUAUUCCUUUGCAAAUGUAGUAAAACUGUUAGUUAGGAAUAAUCGUUUUUCUUCGCGCGUUAGAACCUUCCGUAGUUUCGGUUAAAUAAAAUUAAAGGAAUUUAGUUAAACCAAAGGAAGAGAGAUGUAGCUAUACAACAAAAACAUAUUAAAAGCGAUAAAUCUCAUUAAACACCUUUUAUUACCUUUUCCAUUAAAAAUAAUUACGAUUAUAUUUAGAACUCUUCAGUAGUUAGUAAUAACGAAAUAAAUAUAUACCCUAUAUUUUGGUUGAUUUGAACUCGUCAUCAGAAAUAUAACCUGUACUUUGGAUGAUUUAAACUCGUCUUCAAAAAUAUAACUUUUAUUUUGGUUGGUUUGAAUUCGACUUCAGAAAUAUAGAAAUAUAUAGUAAUUAAGAAACACCAUCUAAGAAUUCGGUUUUUUAAAAAUGAAGUGUGUAAUAUUGUUUCCCGCCUUUUGACCUGAUAAUAAAUGGCAUUUUUUGACUUUACGAAAUGUUGCCUAACUUUAAAUAUGUUCAAAAUGCCACCUAUAUUCUGUUCAGUUUAAACUUCAUUAUCAGGUUCAGCUUUUUUGUUACAAAGGCACUGAAAGCAUGAGAUUUAUUAUAAGUGUUUUAUAUUUAUGUAAUUUUUUUCUAAUUCUAGUCUGACGAUCUCAUAUUUUAUAAGUUAUUCAGAUAAUUAAAAUAUAAUUAAUGUUCCUAUGGUUACACCAUUCCUAGUCGUAACGUUAUUGGUUGGUCCGAAUCACUUGAUACUUGUACGAGUCCCACAUUUACCGCUGUGAUACUAUCCAAUACAGCUAGCGUUUAUUGUUUAUCAGCAUAAUUUAUUGAAAUAGUGAGAUUGUAUAAUUAUGUAAUUAGAACAUUUCACGCUAAUCGUUAACCACGUAAGGGGAAGAGGUAACGGGUGUGAGAGAACGCUUCAUGAUGAGGUAAGUUAAAUGAAUUUAAGAACUAAAGCCUCGUCGUGUGUUAAAACUCAGCCUGGAAUUUUUGACAGUAUACUUGAAUUGAAAUGGUGGUUGUUUUAAAAAUUCUCUUAGUUCAGGACUCGCGUAAGGAGACUUAAAUUCUACAACUUUUGUAAUACAAAAUACAGUAUUUUAUGAGUUAUUUUAUUAAAU